AUGGAGGGAAGCAGCAGUGGAGGGUAUGGACCCUUCCACCUGGCUGAGGACUCCUCAGUGGGCACCACAGUCACUGUAGUGUCGGCAUGGGAUGCGGAUGAGUGGGGUGGGGACAACUGGCAGGUGGACUACAGACUUGAAUCUGGGAAUGAGGAGGAGGUUUUCACUCUAGUGACUGACAGACAGACCAAUGAAGCUGCCCUCAUCCUUGAUAAGGUGCUGGACUUUGAACGGGAGAAUGAGUACAUACUGGUGCUGAGCGCUCAGAACCCAGUUGCUCUUGUCCGAGGCAGAUAUGGACCGGCAUCCACAGCAACUGUCACCAUUUUUAUCGAUGACAUCAAUGAAGGGCCCGUUUUGUCUCAGAGCCAUUAUGAAGUCACUGUCAGAGAAGGGGAGGAGCCAGGACGUAAUUCCUCUUUGUCGGCCUCCACUCUGGUGACAGUGCACAUUCUGGAUGUAAAUGACAACAGCCCAGUUCUGGUGGGCGAUUACUCCUGGAAAUACCUGUGUACACCUCGCUGGGAGGAUCAGGCUCUGGUUCUGGCUUCUCGGGACAGCGAUGGGCCCCAGCAUGGAGGAAGGCUCAACUUCUCCCUCCGCAGUGACGCCACUGUCCGCCGCAACUGGAAGCUCACGCCUAUCAAUGACACUCACACCAACCUGUCUUUGAAUGUCCCAUACCUGCCUCCAGAGGUUUACAUCGUACCAUUUACCAUCUCAGACAGCAGCUCUCCACCCAGAAGCACGUUCAUCAAUCUGCCAGUGACGGUUUGCCCAUGCAAUGUGAGAGGGAACUGUAGAACAGCACCAAAACAGCUUCAGGGCAUGCCCACUAUUCAGUCAACAGUGGGCGUCCUGCUCGGAACUCUGGGAGUUAUAGGCGUCAUACUGAUUGUUAUAUUUGUGAGACUGUCCUACCAGAAUUCAACACCACCAAACAAAGGCUGCCAGGAACGAGUGCCACUUAAAGUCUCUCUCUAACUUCUGAGAGUUUUUAGAUCAUUCGGUCAUUUGGUCACUACAGUUUUGAAAGUAGCAUCAAC